AUGGGCUCCAGCCCCCCGGCAGCGACAACCAAGAAGCCGCCCCCACCGCCAUCCUCGCUCACCCUCUUCAAGCCCCACCGCACCAAGUCGUGCACCGAGUGCAAGGAGACAAAGUUCCAGCCGACGGUCAAGCCCAAGACGGUGGUGUACUACACUACAGUGACCAUGAUCGGCCACAGCACCGUCACCUACGUAACCGCCGCCAACAUCGGCUCCCCGGCGCGCAACGGCAACGCUGGUGUGGGUGUGGCUGGCGGCUCGAACGGCGUACGGCCUGGAACGAUUGUCGGGAUCGUCGUCGCCUGCCUAGCUUUCCUGGCCAUCGUCGCCGCCGUCGUGGCACACUACGUCCGCCGUAACCGCUCGCGCUCCAAGUCGCGCCUCGGCCCCAUUUCCGCCCCCGUCCUCCAGGUAGAGAAGUACGAGGGGCCUGCGCGCCCGCGCACGCCACUCACGCCGCGCGAGGGCAGCCGCGACCUGCCCCGCAUCUCAGCGUACGGCACGCUGCGGCGCUCCGUCGGCGAGGAGGGGGACGACGCUGCCGAGAACGGUAACCCGGCAACCGCCGCGUCCCGCCCCGUGCGGCCCAGCCCGCUGCGCAAGUCGGUCGUCUACCCCGACGGCUACGAGGGCGAGGGGCACGCCAACGGCUCGCCCGAGUCGCGCUACUCGCAGCCCGACAUCCCCGGGUCGUACUACGCCAACGUUCCCACAAUGCCACAGCCGUACGAGCACACGGACGCGCCCCCCGGUAGUGGCGGCGAGGGGCUCUACGCUGCGCCCGCUCACGAGCAGUACCUGCACGUGCCCGACCCAGCCGCCCUCUCUCCACGGUACCAGCUGUACCCGGACCCAGUUGACGAGGAGGCUCAGAUCGGGCGCCGUGGCGGCGUCGCCACGCGGUCGGGGAGCACCUUCGGCCCGUCGACGCUCAUGCCGCCUCUCCGUGAGGACACGGUGCUCGAGAGCCGAUGGUCGCACAGCACGUCGUCGGCGGAGCAGCACGACGGAGUGGGGCGGGCGCGGUAA